CUUGGUCAAACAAGACGAUACAUAACAAUUAGUAUUUUCCACACCUAAUCUUAUCUACUGAAUAAUGAUUGCUUGGAGCCCAAGCAGAUCAGAAUUACAUAUAUAGAUUGUCAGGCAAUAUGAGCAGAAGCUAAAAGAAUAUGGAGGAAGUGAAGGUAAUAGGAUUCUGGUCAAGUCCAUAUGUUUACAGAGUUACAUGGGCUCUGAAUCUCAAGGGAGUCGAAUAUGAAUAUCAAGAAGAGGACAUAUUCAACAAGAGUGAUUUGCUUCUUCAGUACAACCCAGUGCACAAGAGGGUUCCGGUGUUUGUUCAUGGUGGAAAGAGGAUUGCAGAAUCAACUGUUAUUCUGGAGUACAUUGAAGAGGCCUGGCCGCAGAACCCUCUGCUUCCAACAGACCCUCAUGCGAGGGCCAUGGCUCGAUUUUGGACAAAGUUUGGAGAUGACAAGAAGCCGGACUUUUUAGGAUUCUUUCAAACAGCUGGAGAAGAGCAAAUAAAAGCAGCAAAACAAGCCCAGGAGUGUCUGAAGAUCUUAGAAGAGCAUGGCCUUGAAGAUAAGAAGUUCUUUGAUGGUGACAAGAUAGGAAUGACAGACUUAUCCUUAGGAUGGCUAGCAUUCUGGCUUGAGGCCAUGGAAGGAGCAGCUGGUGUACAAGUUCUGGAAGUCAAUAGCUUCCCUCGCUUGCACGCAUGGAUUAGAAAUUUCAAGGAAGUUCCUGUGAUUAAAGAAAAUCAUCCUGAUCAAACUCGGUUGUUAGCCUAUUUCAAAUGGCUAAGGGAGAUGUAUACCAAGCCAGCGACUACCUGAUAUCCUACUCUUAAUUCCAAACAACAGCACAUGUACCAGAUAUGAAUAAAGGUUGAAACGUACAGAACCAAUACACAAGGAAUGAUAUCAGUGAAUAGUUUCAAUCACAUCAAGUACAGUUAGUGACUGAAUAAGAGAAGCUUUCUAAUGCAUAUGUGUGUUUUGCUUGUC